CGUUGCACCACCUCGACCACCUAGACACUUCACCUAGCCGUUUUAUCGGGCUGCACGCAAUGUGCUGUAGCCUUACCGCUUUCUGCCAAUCAGUCGCGGUCUGAGAGCGCCCCGGUCCUCGCUGCUAGACCGUAAUUGUCUGGCCGUCCGAGAUCAUCGUCGCCGUUGCUGCAUCGAGUCAUGGCGUCUGCCACAGACUUAACAGCGCAAUCCCCGCCAGCUGGGCCUCGCAUACCAAAGCUCAAGUACAGGAAUCCACUGCCACCAGAGCAAAUCUUGCUGCUACCGCAGACUUCUGCUCAGGAGACAGCACAUCCACCAUUGCAACGGCAAACUUCCGCGACAAGUUCAGACGUGCCUCCUUCACCCUACCGCCCAUCCUUUGAAACCACCGCAAGCACGACGUCAUCCAGCCUGGCUUCCACCCCGUCUAGCCACUCGAGUUCCAAUGACUCCAAAACGUCGAAGAAGAAGAAGAAGAGCAACUCUGUCUUCAGCUUCUUGUCACUAAAGGAGCCCUCUCAGCUUGCACUUGAGCAAUUCGCUGAGCAACAACGCAAGCAGGGCAAUGGCAGGAGCUCGGUAUCACCCUCGAACGUCUCCACCAGGACCGGCGGCACCAGUGGCACCUUUGCAACCAAGAAGCUGCCAGACAGUGUCCCCAAGGUCAACUCCAAAUGGGAUGGCAUCCCAGACGCAGUCAGGAAGCGGCAGUCAACCACAAGUACUGUUGCCACGACUAGCAAAGACACAAAACGAUCAUCAGGAUCCUCCUUGGGCCAGGGCUCACACCUAUCCGCUAUGCCCUGGAAUACCUCGGAGUUGUCAGUAAUGUCCAACGAGUCCCGCGGUCCACCCAACUCGAUUCUGUCCGUGGCCGCUGUCAACGCCGAUAUCUAUCACAAUGGACACUACGUUCCAAUAUCACCUUCUGAAAGCUCGCUGGCUGAGCCAUCUUACUACUGUCCUGAGGAGCCAAUGGCAUCCGGUGCCUUGCCGAUCGAGCGCCCAGCAGCUGUCCAGGCUAGCGCCGGCUCUCCGCACAAUGCGAGCUUCGAUACUGUACGUGAUGACAGGCCGGAUUCGCCAGCAUCCUCGAUUGGCUCCGUCGACACUAUUGUCCGGGCUGAGGCAGAGGUGAUAUUCAGGAAGAUGAACGAUCGGCCUCAACAACAGACCUUCUGGGGAGGAAGUGCACCAGCAGUCCAAACACCUUCUGAACCCGAGUCGAGCGUGCCAGAGUCGCAUGAUUUUCUAUUCGAGUUACCCUCCAGCACUUCAUUGCAGUCGCAAAAGAACGACUCUCCGAUGGCGUCUCCAGCUGCCUCGUACACUGCUCCUGCUGUUCGCUACACAGAACCACCAGCGCACUACGUACCAUCGACUGCACACGACAACGCACCCCUUGUCCCUUAUUACUCCCCAUCACGCUCGGUUCACAAUUUCAGUCGACCCAUGGUGUCAACCACACCGACCAAGCAUGUCAAUCUCUUUCAGCCCGCACCUCCGUCUCCUACGGGGCCGUCAUCUUUACGGUCACGAACUAUGAGCUCUGGCCUUCCAACCUUGUACGAGAAUUCCAUCACCAGCACCGAAUCCUUGGAGACGAUUCGGGACGACAGCGAUGCGAGAUCAAUCGCGCCAUCCUUCACGCCGUCUUCGAUAGCGCCAUCUGAACUAUCGGAGCACUGGCACCAGUCUUCCCGCGACCGUCUUGGCCUCGGUGGACAGAUGCGCAAGAGCGAUGUCUUGCCAUGGGGAAAGACAAUGGAGGAUUCUCCAGGUAAGCCCAAAAACAGGCAUCGUUUGUCAUUGUUGAUGAAGAGCGCGUUACGGUCAUAAGGUUCCCCCGGUGGUUGAACCGUGACUAAUCCUGUGUGCAUAAUAGCUCGCGACAGCCAGCAACCAACAUAAUCUGCCAUCUUUGUAUUUUGUUCAGCCUUCAGCCUCGGCGUCCUGUCUCGAGCGACGGUCGCCUCCGUUUACGUAUAGAUACCCCAGUUCAACAUAACAAAUCACACGUUUAACAACAUUUACGUUUCUCGAAAAUCGCAAAUCUUUUCCAGUG